AUGUUUUUGGUGUGGAUGAUUGAUUAUGCAGCUUUCAAUGGUGUUGGUAAUGCUUUGGAACCUUCCGACGACACGAUGCACUUUCGAUUUAUGAACAAAUUAGAAUUUAAACCAAUAUUCGUAGCAUGCAGUGGAAAUGGACAGUCACUACUGGACACAUGGAGAACGCCGUCUAUGGGAAGAGAAAUUGCAAACAUCAAUGAAUCAUGUACAUCUGGUCAUCUGAGAAGUUCGAAUAUUGACAACUGGAACGGGUCGAGUAUUGACCAGGUAAAAGUUGAACUAUUUACAAAUGGAAAAUUGGAUUUAGGUAUUUAUUUUGAUGGCAACCUAUCAACAAGUUCCAAUUGGUGUAGUAAAGAACGGAUUCUUUCUAGUACUUUUAACGACUUGACGCAAUCGUCUACUGUCAACUUUUUCUCUAUGGAUGGUGACCACACCGUUGAUCGCCAUUUUUACAUCAGCAAUAUUUAUAGCGGCUGUCCAGGUGAUUUAUUUUGGAUGGUAGUAAUAGAUACUGCAGAUGCUAAUUAUCGCCCCUGUGACUAUGAUAAAUUACCUGGAAAGGAAUAUCCUUACAUAUUAUAUGCUCCUAAUCAGCAGAAGACUACAUUGAACGAUGGCACGUAUGCAGUGGCUGAAAAGAUGGUGAUAUCGAUACUGACAUUUAUAUAACAAUAAGAUUUUAUAUUCAUAGAUAAUUCACAAGACUUGGUACUUUGUAUUUAAAAUAUUAGAAAUGAAAGCAGAUUUAUUUGUUAUGUGUUGACUUUUUUCCAGCAGCAAAUGUCAUUUCAAAUCAAAGUAUUAAACGUGCACUCCAGCUUUUUCAGCAGUAGCAUAUAAAUCAAAUCUUCUAAAGGCAAUUCCAAACUUGGGAAAGAAGAACAUUAAAAAGUCCUUACAACUUGUGUCGAUUGAGGCUAGGGUGGCAAUGUCAAAAAGAUGGAAAACCUACAUGUAACGUUUUGAAUGCAUCCAUAUUUGCUUAACGUAACUGUAAAUGAACGUUUCAAUGAUAAUAGCAUCAGGAGUGAAAUAUAACUUUUGCACUUGCUUCGAUCCAGUGAUGGUAAUACUCUACAAAAUCUACAAUAGGUAUAUAAACACACACAAAUAUAUAGCCAUUAUAUAUUCGGGGAAUUUGAAGAGCAAAAUAUAUAUGUCUAUCUUUAAGAACUUGGUAUACAUUUUUUUUGGGGACACAGCGAUCAAACUGUUGAUCGUCAUUUUUACAUAUUCAGCAGUUAUCAUGGUUUCUGCACUGUUUCUUUGAUCACUUACACGGACAGGAAUAUCCAUACAUCUUAUAUGGUCCUAAUUAGCAUAAAGUGACAUUGAAUGAUUGUGGGUUAAAUUAUAUAUUGUUGAAAAGUACCUGAUGUUUUCUUACUUCAAACUGUAUGAUUUAUUGCGAAAUAUCUAACCUUUUUUGAACAAAUUAGACGGAGUUUAUCUUUACACCUUUUAUAUUUAAGGGCAAGUACUGUGCUCGUCGCUUGCUAUUCUAAUGCUUUGAGUUUGUAAUUCAUCAAGAUUUAUUACAAAACCCUGUUUCAAAAACUCAAAUUCAUCAUCGAUUAUAAUGUGGUAAUCAAUUGAUUGAUUCAAUCGAUUCAUGUUAUCCAGGGUAAAAUUGGGAGAUAGUAAAAUCUUCAUGUUAUUCAGGAUAGACUUGGAAGAGAGCAAAUUCUUCAUGUUAUCCAGGGUAGAAUUGGGAGAUAGUAAAAUAUUCAUGAUAUCCAGGGUAGAAUUGGGAAGAGUAAAAUUUUUAUGUUAUCCAGGAUAGCAUUGGGAGAGGGAAAAAUCUUCAUGUUACCCAGGAUAGAAUUUGGAAAGAGUAAAAUCUUUAUGUUAUCAUGGGUAGAACUGGGAGAUAGUAAAAUAUUCAUGUCAUCCAGGAUAGAAUUUGGACAGAGUAAAAUAUUCAUGUUAUCCAGGGUAAAAUCGGGAGUAAAAUAUUUAUGUUAUCCAGAGUAGACUAGGGAGAUAGUAAAAUCUUCAUGUUAUCCAGGGUAGAAUUGGAAGAGAGUAAAAUCUUCAUGUUAUACAGGAUAGAAUAAAGAGAAAUUAAAAUCUUUUUGUUAUCCAGGUUUGAAUUAGGAGAUAGUAAAAUCUUCAUUUUAUCCAGGAUGGAAUUUGGAUAGGGUAAAAUAUUCAUGUUAUCCAGAGUAGAAUUUUGAAAGAGUAAAAUCUUCAUGUCAUCCAGGGUAGAAUAGGGAGAGAGUUAAAUAGUCAUGUCAUCAAGGGUAUAACUGGUAGAUAGUAAAAUAUUUAUGCUAUCCAGGGUACACUCGGGAGGGAGUAAAAUCUCGAUGUCAUCCAAUGUAUAAUUGAGACAAUAUCCUUAAUGCGCCUUGAAAUGAGGAACUCAAAAGUCACGUGUAAACAAAAAAUCUCUGAGUAGUGAUAUUUGACACAUUUCUAUGAUAAACAAAUGACUGAGCUAAACCAUUUGUGAUAAUUUAGAAAGUAAGGGAACAUAGAAUAAAUGUGUAAAAUCUAUUGAGCUAUUAAAUGUGUUCAAACUAUUAAAUUUUUAAAGAA